AUGACGCUUCCUCAAGUGAAAAGUUCAUCCCCUCUUGUCUUUUCACAUCAAAAUCCACCAACAUGCAGUACUGCCCCCACGGUGGUGUCGUUUUCGUUCGAUGUUGGAAACGGGCCGGUGGAACUGAACGUGCACUCUCCUACCCCCCUGAACGAUGAUCAGUGGCACCGGGUCAGUGCGGAGAGAAACACGAAAGAGGCCAUUCUGCAACUAGACCAAAAAUACAAGGAGGUCAGACCUGCACCUACACAAGGACACACACGCCUGGAGCUCUACAGCCAGCUUUAUGUGGGUGCAGCAGGAGGUCAGAGAGGAUUUCUCGGAUGCAUCCGCUCUCUGAAGUUGAACGGUGUGACCCUUGACUUAGAAGAGAGGGCAAAAGUCACUCCUGGUGUUAAACCUGGCUGUUCGGGUCACUGCACCAGUUUUGGGAUGAAUUGCCGUAACGGCGGCAAGUGUGUGGAGAAACACAACGGCUAUUCUUGUGACUGCUCCACCACUGCUUACGAUGGGCCUUUCUGUUCAAAAGAUGUUGGUGGUUUCUUUGAGGCAGGAACACUGGUCAAGUAUAAUCUGGUACCUGAAGUGGUGGCUGCAGCUUCCAGCCUAGAUGAGAAGAGCGUUAUCCACAACCUUCCUGUCGAGACCAACAUGACACAUGAAGACCUUACCUUCAGCUUCAGCACCUCCACUUCUCCCAGCCUUCUAGUCUAUGUCAGCUCGAAAACCCAGGAUUACAUGGCAGUGGUGCUCCGUCACAAUGGUAUGCUGCAGCUGCGGUACAAUUUGGGUGGUCUCAGAGAACCCUUCAGUAUUGAUAUUGACCAGAGAAACUUGGCCAACGGGCAGUCCCACACCGUCAACAUCUCUCGGGUGGAGAGAGACAUAGAAGUCCAGCUGGAUCAUUAUCCUCCCGUCAGCUACACCCUCCCAGAAGCAUCAGACACACAGUUCACCCUGGUCAAGUCACUCUUCCUGGGUAAAGUCUUUGAAACCGGCUACAUUGAUCCAGUGAUUAUUGAAAAAUACAACACCUCCGGGUUUGUGGGUUGCCUGUCCAGAGUGCAGUUCAACAGCAUUGCUCCUCUGAAAGCUGCUCUCAGGUCCCGUGAUUCUGUUCCUGUCUCUCACCAGGGUAAACUGGUGGAAUCCAACUGCGGAGCUUCACCCCUCACGAUCCCACACAUGUCUGCUGCAACCGACCCGUGGAACCUAGACGCUGGUCAGCACGUCUAA